CUCUCUCUCUCUCUCUCUCUCUCUCUCUCUCCACCCUCAAGAGGAGCAACAUCAGCCACCUCCUGACAUGGAAGCUGAAGCUAAGAUCCAGGAAGAAGCCGAAGAGAAGGGUUCAGAGAAGCCUAAGCAAACAGGGAAGGCGAGAGUAACAAGACCUCCGCACAAUUACGUGGCCAUUGUGAAAGAUUCCGUCGUGCCCAUUCAAAUUUUCCCUCUCGACAAGCUCUGCGAUCAGCUCUACGACGGAGUGGUUCUGCACAAGGAAAAGAGAGAGAGCCUCUCGAGAAAGUACUGGGUCGACAAGAGUCUGAACAAGAAUUGCUUCUUACUGUUCGCGAGGGAGUUUGAAAUAGCAUGGGGCCGCGAGCCCCGGUACUGGGAAUGGAAGCCCCUCAAAGAGUCCGGUAAUGUGGAUGUUGAGGUAGCCGAACUGAGAGGUGUCAGCUGGCUAGAUAUCAGUGGGAAGUUCCGAACGAUCAUCCUCUCUCCGAAUACCCGCUACGAAGUCUCAUUGGUGGCAUUAAUGACCGAGUCAAGUCAAGGUUGGGGCGCUCCCGUGAACAUCGACAUUACUUUUCCGGAUAAGACGAGUUCGGGACGCUUGGAAAGUUUCCAACAUAUUCCCCAAGAAAAGUGGACAAACAUAUUGAUGGGCGAAUUCACAACGUUGUCCGAAAAUAUUGGAGAAAUCGCAUUUCAUAUAUACGAACACAGCCCUAAUUGUAAACAGGGGCUCGUCGUCAAGGGUGUCGCUUUUCAACCCAAGAACUGAAGUUCCUAGAUGAUAACUUGGCGUUUACAAGGGGGAAAAAAGAAAAAAAACAGCCUUAAUUAAUGUAUUGUUGUCACGAUUCAUGUAUGUUUGUAGUUACCAAUAAGUCUGCGUACAUUCUUGUUGCUCAUGUUGUAAGGCAUGUUAGUUCUUGUUUUUUUUUUU